AUGGACUCAGAAUAUAAAGAUUCACUCCUAGAAAAGCAUUCAUCUCUCCUAAUCACCGAAAAUCCAGAAUGCGAAGAGUAUAUGGCCCUAUCCGAUGAAGAAUUAAUUCAAAACUUCGUUUAUGCGAUCGACAACUGCUGCCCGGAUCUUAUAUCAAGAAUUUCACAACUUAAAUGUGCAGUGCAAAAAGGCCGCAUCUUAAAUUGUCCUUUAUUUGAUGAAUUAUCAAUUUUACAAAUAUUAAAGGACAUCAUACUUACAUGGAUGACGAUUCCUAUUAAAGACAUUGCAUCUGAAAUAGUGUGCAUGUGCUUCUUCUAUCUUCCUCUUACAAAAUUAACAAUUUUCUUGAAUUCAUGUUUUUUUCAUGAACUUUACGUAGCAUGCAACCACAAUCAUCUAUAUGCCUUUAAGCUUUACGGGAAGAUAGCCACAUACGUAAAAGAGGCUCGUGAGUAUCUGUUUGAAACAUGUGGAGUUCAGGCCAUCCUGGAAAGUUAUAGACCAGACCAAAAGCAUUAUUCGGAAUCUGUUAUGUGGCUAAUAUGCUGCUGCUGUACUAUUGAUACUCCUUCCUAUCCAAUAAUUUUGGAUUUUUUGAUGGAAAAUUUAGAAAGUACAGACACAUUAACCCCGAAAAUAUUAUUUUCAAUAACUUACGCUAUAUAUUACAUAUGUAAAAAUGGCCAUGGACCCGAAAUUUACAACCAUCCUCGAUUUUCUCAGGAUUUUAUCUCUCAUAUCUUCUCGAUCUUGAAUCCUGAUGCUACAGUUAAUUUUCUACAGGCAUUAAACUAUAUUACAGUCCAAACAGAAGGCGCAUUUCAAUUACCAACUUUACAUCUCAUAAAUCUACUCAGAUCCGAAGAAAAACAAGUCUCAAAUGCUGCUGUUUUCUUUAUAACGAAUGCAAUCCGCUUAAAUAAGAAUACUUCCGCCACUUUGAUCGAUGAAAGUUUCCUUGAAGCUAUUUCGGACAUUUUGAAUGAAGAUCCAAUAUUUGUAAGAGUUGGUGCCUUGAAAAUACUCGAAGAAAUAGCUGUUGACGUUGAUCCAACAAAAAUUAUUUUAUUAUUACCACAAUUAUUCCAAUUUGUGCCAGAUGGAACUUUGGAAAGUACAAAAUUGGCUCUAAACAUAAUUUACACAUCGUUGAGUGCUUGUAGUGACCAAAAUUUGCUGGAAGAAGUGAAAAAUAAAAUUAUUGAAGAUGAUGGCGUUGAAUCUUUGAAUGAAUGCCUUGAUAUACCUGAGGUAGAAUCUAUGGCAGAAAUGAUCCUCAAAUUUUUCGAAGAAUGA